GAUACCGAUCAGCUGCAUAUCGCACUUCAUUUCAUUUGAUAAUUUUCUUAUUUUUACCAGUCAAGAAUCAUUUUUUUGUAAUUUUAUUCACACACGAAUAUUAUCUUUUGAUUUCCCGAUUACAUGACAAAUCGGAGGACAAAAGCAUAGACGUAUAUAUGUGAUAUAUACGCCUCUGGACAAAAGACAGGAACAUUAAAAUCUUCAAUAGCCAAGACACAGAGGAAUCUGACGUUCGUCCAUCAGUAUCACCAGUAGUUAUAAAAUGUCCACCACCAUGGAGGUGAAGUCAGAUGGAAAUGUUUGUAGCUGUUCAGUACAGGAUGAAGCAGUUGUAUUGCUACCAAUGGUCACUGAACCAUGUCCAGAUGAAAAGGGGUCCAGUGUUGACGCAGCUGGCCAUACAGUGACCUUAGCCUUUGAUGAUAUUAUUGCCAUAAAGAGGGAAGACACAACAGGUAACAACUUAGAAUCUGAUGAUCAGGAUCUUCCACAUGCUUUGUCUACCAUCAUCCAUUAUAUCAAGAAAGUUGAGGAUGAUCCAAAAUGGAAUCAUGCCACUAUCAAGAUAACUCCAAGUUCCGGGAAGGAAGGAGAUUAUGAAAGGUUUCUACAGACAGUUCAACCCAAGUUUGACAAAGUUGUGGAAACAAGACCAAAGAAACUGCUUAUACUGUUGAACCCUAUUGGUGGGAAAAGACAAGCCAGAACUAUGUAUGACACGGUGAUGACGCCAUUGUUUGAGUUAACCAACAUUUCCUGCCAUCUUAUUGUUUCUGAAGGACCUAAACACCUUAUUGAGGUGAUUAAGACAUUUGACUACAAGUCCAUGGAUGGAAUUGUAAUGAUGGGAGGGGACGGAACAUUCACAGAGAUUAUAAAUGUCCUGCUGAGAAAGACCCAAGAAGAAGCUGGAAUUGACUACAAUGAUUCUACAGCUGAACUCAAGACUGUAUCCAUACCUCUGGCUAUCAUGCCUACAGGGACAGGAAAUGGAGUUUCAGAAGGUCUGUAUGGAUGUCAGGAUGUCCUCACAGCCACACUUCAUGUCAUCAGGGGUAAGGUUCGGCCAAGCAGGAUACUGGGUACAUAUGCUGAUGAUAAACUAGUGGGCUACAGUGGCUGUGUAACUGGGCUAGGACUUGGUGCAGAAAUGAUGUACAUAGCAGACAAGAAACUACGCUGGAUGAAAGCAGCUCGGUACAUUGCGUUACCUCUUGUCUUCAUGUUCCGAGGGAUACGAUUUGUUGAAGCAGAGAUCACACUGAACAAAAGGAAGAGGGUCACCGUAGGAGAAGGAACACAGCAACAUGAGGAAUUUGUUUAUGAAGAAGAAAAACUGAAUCAGGAUACUUCCAUGAUACUUAUGUGGCCAUUCCCUCUCCUGGACGAGAACGGACAUUUCAACAUGUACAAGUCCUGUUUAGCCAAUGUGAAUAGGGCACACAGAGGGGACAUGUUCAUUGUAGUUUAUGAACGUUUGGGCAAAAUACAAUUGGUUCAGCAUUUUCUUCAUCUUUAUAGGAGAAAUGAAGUUGCGUUUGAGAGGGAUUUCCUGAAGGUACGCCGUGCUCAAUCAAUCAAAAUAAAGUUUAAAGAAAAACCAGGUGAAUCAAGCGUUUUCAAUCGUAUUGCUUCCAUCGACGGAGAGCUGCAAAAAUGUGAGGAACCGGAAUAUUUCAUCAAAAUAUAUGAAGGACCUUUGAAUGUUUACGCCAGUACUGAACUUGUGUAAACACUGGUCCUGAUACGAUCAAGAUGUCAACUACCAUACAGUACAUUUUCGUGUAGAAACUUUAUGGAUGAUGUUUUUACCAGUACUGAUCUUGUGUAAAUAUUGAACGUGAUGUCAACUAUCAAUACAGCAUUUAUGGUAACUUUGAAGUUUUAAGAUUGAAAGUUAUUUGCUACUAUAAAGUUGAAAAAUGUUUGUAUAAUGAAAGAAACCCGUUUCUCAGUAGAUUAGGAGGAUGGCAUGACCUAUUCCGCGAGAAUUAGCUCCAUAUCUUAAAUGAAAAAAACAACAAAUUUCAGUUUUAAAUUGCACAUCUUUAUUUAAUGAAAGAUAAACAUAAAGGUGUACUUACCUUUUUCAACACCUUAUACUAAACACUAAAAGUGGUCCUUACAGGUUGUGUAUUAUGUACAUGUAUUGUCGUUUACGUUGUAUCAUCAAAAAUCAUAUUAUAUACAUGUAUACAUGCCUUAUUGAUGAUAAUCAUAAUGUAAUUGUCAUAAUUCUUGAUACAUGUAUAUUUCAUUAAGAUACUGUACUAGCUAAUGUAGUUGCUUCCAUUGUAUUGUAAAUUGUUUUUCUAUGUUGAACAUGAAUAAAAAAAAUGAUCAUAAAAAAAAAAAAAAAAAAAACUAUUUAUACAGUAAACACUGAUGUAGUAACUUUAUGGAUGGUGUUUGUUAACUAGAUCACAGUCCUCUGUGGGCCUGAUUAACUAGAUCACAGUCCUCUGUGGGCCUGAUUAACUAGAUCACAGUCCUCUGUGGGCCUGAUUAACUAGAUCACAGUCCUCUGUGGGCCUUGUUAACUAGAUCACAGUCCUCUGUGGGCCUGAUUAACUAGAUCACAGUCCUCUGUGGGCCUGAUUAACUAGAUCACAGUCCUCUGUGGGCCUUGUUAACUAGAUCACAGUCCUCUGUGGGCCUGAUUAACUAGAUCACAGUCCUCUGUGGGCCUGGUUAUCUGCAAUCUUAUUUUUCUGGCUUUGUUCAUAAAAAUAUGGUUUAUUUUGAUAAAGAGCUACCUCAAGAUUGUUCAAAAUUACAACAAACCGUCACAUAUUAAGCAUACUUAACUGUGUUCAUAGCUUUCUGAAGUAAGAAACUGUUGCCCCAACCAACCUCAAUAUUACAAAGAUAGAAGCCUUAAAUAUAUCUUGUUGAAAUCAUUAUAAUAUAUAGUUAUAAUAUUUUAUUUCUAUUAUUUGUUUU